AUGAGUGUAGCGCAGGGUCUGGUCGCCUCUUCGAGCCAGGCGAAAGGCGAAAUCGUUAUAGAAGUCCCGAAGUACGAAAUGAAUUGCGCCCAGCCAAAAGAAACGGAGAGCAUAGAAAUGGAACUGAAAAUUGCCUAUGUGAAUCCCAGUAGCGGGCACGUUUGCUCGCCAGCGACCGCAGUGCAGUGGAGGCUCCACGCGCUCGUUACAACGUAU